AUGGCUCUUACCACCCUUACCAGCACUUUCCACCACGACACCUACCCCGCAAUCUCCUCAUCGAACCCCUCCCUCAGCCAAGCCGGCAAGACGGUGCUCAUCACAGGCGGGGGCAGCGGUGUAGGUUUCGAAAUCGCACGGUCUUUCGCAAAAGCCACGGCUUCCAGAAUAAUCAUCGUGGGGCGGAGGAUCGCUGUCCUGGAAGACGCGGUAGCGAAGCUGCGCGGGGAAUUCCCGAAUACCGAGUUCAUCGCUCGGCAGGGCGAUAUCAGCGACGAGGCGUCCGCGGGCUCUGCAUGGGAUCAUCUCAACGCACACGAUAUCCUCGUCCAUGUUCUCGUGCUCAACGCCAUGCAUCUCUAUCCCAUGGGACCCGAUACGCUGAAAAUGGAGAGGAAAGACGUCAUGGAGGCGUUCAACACCAACGUUGGGGGUAAUUUCACUAUGACAGCCAAAUUCGUAAACCAGCCGUUACGUCCGGUAGGUCAGAGGUUGAAUCUCGUGAAUAUAUCGACGGCGGGGAUUCAGAUGAACCCUGCGCCGAAUCAGAACCCGUAUGUUACGUCCAAGGCGGCGUUCACUGCGCUGCUUGGGAGGAUCGCGGACGAACAUCCUGUGGAGGAUGUGCAGAUUAUCUCAUUCCACCCGGGGGUGCUGUAUUCGGAGACUGUGGCUAAGCAUAUCGAUAAGGAUCUUUUUGAUUGGGAUGAAAUGGCGUUACCAGCAGACUUCGCCGUAUGGUCUGCCUCCCCAGAGGCAGCGUGGCUACAUGGUCGAUUCGUGUGGGCGCAUUGGGACGUGGAGGAGUUGAAAGCGGACAAGGUGAUCGCGAAACGGUUGAAAGAGGAAACGGGUUACUUGAAAGUCGCGGUGCAGGGGUUGACGGAGAUCUCUGAGACGUCGUUUUUGAAGAAGAAGAAGUAG